AUGAUAAAAUUGUCUCUGAAGGAGUGGCAUGUAUCUCACACUCAAAAUUUACCAAGGAAAAUCCUCGAUCUUAAGGAGCGUUUGGCAACUUUAGAUGGGAAAGGUGAAGUGGAGGUUUUGACUGAAGAAGAUUGUGCUGAGUUACUUGGUGUUUCUUCGAAACUACACUCUUUGUCCCGUCUUAAUACUAGUAUUUGUUGGAAACAGUCUCGUGUCCAGUGGUUGCGAGACGGGGACGCAAAUUCUAAAUUUUUCCAUUCUGUUUUGUCAAGGAGGAGGCGCCAUAAUGCUUUGAGUUCUAUUUUGGUUGAUGAUGUGGUGGUGGAGGGAGUGGAACCUAUUCGUAAUGCCGUUUUCACUCAUUUUGCUAAGCAUUUUCAGGAGGUGUCUGCUAACCGCCCCACAGUGUCUAAUUUGCCUUUCAGAUCGUUAUCAGUGGCUGAGGGUGUGAGUUUAAUUAAGCCUUUCUCGGUUGAUGAAGUUAAGGCAGCUGUGUGGGAUUGUGAUAGUUUCAAGAGUCCGGGUCCCGAUGGAAUUAAUUUUGGCUUUAUUAAGGAUUUCUAG